CCUGCCUUCUCUUAGCUCCGGAGCUCAAGGAAAGGUUUUUUUUUUCCGCUCUUGAUUGCGCGCGGCUCGCCAGCGGCUGCAAUAGAACCGUUCCAAGCCCGGGCGCAGAAGCAGGAAGGAGGGGAACCUUCAGGUCGCGGGUUCGAGUCCCCGGUGGUUCCGUCGCUUCCUCCCACCACUCCCGCAGCUCGGGUGGAAGAGGAGAAACAGCGGCAUAUUUGCACCCCGCGCUCCCACGUCCUCCUUCCCUCUCUCGUGGGUGGCCGGGAAAAGGAAAGCCGCACUUUCCCCAGCCCCCGCCCCACCUGGAUCUGGCCGCCUGACUCUUGCUGGAAGGGAGAAAGCUCCGAGGCUGCUUCUCCCCUUGUCGUGUUUGGUGGUGCAUCGCUUGCUUUGCAGGGACACCCGUCCGCCGCUGCUUUCCUUUCGUUGGCCGGCUUUCGCCUCGCUGCCCGAGGGGCCCCCUCCUCCGCAGCCCUCCGGAUCCAUGGCGACUGGGUUGGUGGAGCCGGUCUAUGGACUUUCGGAAGAAGAGGAGGAGUCUCGUAUUCUUAGAGUUAAGGUUGUAGCUGGAAUAGAUCUAGCCAAAAAGGACAUCUUUGGAGCCAGUGACCCGUAUGUGAAACUUUCAUUGUAUGUAGCAGAUGAAAACCGAGAACUUGCCCUGGUGCAGACAAAAACUAUUAAAAAGACAUUGAAUCCGAAAUGGAAUGAAGAAUUUUAUUUUAGAGUAGAUCCAUCUAACCACAGACUACUCUUUGAAGUAUUUGAUGAAAAUAGAUUGGUAAGUGUUCUUUUAUCUUUAGUGUACAUUCAGUGGCUGUGCCAUAACCACACCCUUUUUUGCAGCCGACAUAAAGCGAAAGCGGUGGAAUACUUAUCAAAUGGUUGCAUGUGGGGAUAUGAAUUGUGACCUUUUUUAAUGGGUUGCAGGCUUAUAAACAGUUUGGAGUUUCCUGUUGGAAUCACUGAAAGGCAGGAGUGGGGUCAAUCAGGAGUC